CUAAACGUAUUUUGCUGACGUGAAGGCAAGGCAACAAGUACCCCUGGCCCAACUAUAAAUUGACUCUGUUGGGAUUGAAGACAGGCGCAGUCAAACCUCCCACUGGUUGGAGACAUCCGUCAUCCAUUCUGCAACACUGUUGUCUCACUCCUGCUUUCUUUCCCCAGCAAUCCAUCCUGGUUUUGAACAGAUCAAAUGUGGUGGUACAAAAUGGGUUCUUGCAAGGUCCCUUACAGUGUUCUUCUGCUUUGCUUUUUCGUUGGGAAUUUUUUUGUGCCUCAAUGUCUUGCUAUUGGAGUUGACGCCAACAAAACAGCAUUGCUGCUUGUAAAUGCUUCUGAAGCAUUGGGACGGCCAAUACCCAAAACACUUUUUGGAAUAUUUUUCGAGGAGAUCAACCAUGCUGGUGCUGGGGGGUUGUGGGCAGAGCUUGUGAGCAACAGAGGUUUUGAAGCUGGGGGCCCUAAUGUUCCCUCAAAUAUUGACCCCUGGUCUAUUAUUGGGGAUGAAUUUUCCCUUAUAGUAUCGACUGACCUCUCGUCAUGUUUUGAACGUAAUAAGGUUGCACUCCGAAUGGAGGUGCUAUGUGACAGUGAAGGUACUGCUAUCUGUCCAGCUGGGGGAGUUGGUGUUUAUAACCCAGGCUUUUGGGGCAUGAAUAUUCUGGAAGGAAAGACAUACAAAGUGCUUCUGUAUGUUCGUUCUUCAGGAGCAAUUAAUGUAUCUGUAUCAUUGAUGGGCUCAGACGGCUUGCAGACUCUAUCAACUGCUAACAUUAUAGCUUCUGCAUCUGAGGUCUCAAACUGGACAAAGAUGGAGGUCCUGUUGAAAGCCAAUGCCACAAAUCCUAAUUCUAGACUUCAAUUGACAACAACCAGGAAAGGAGUUAUUUGGUUUGACCAAGUGUCAGCUAUGCCCUUGGAUACAUACAAGGGACAUGGUUUCCGAAGUGAGCUUGUUGAAAUGCUGGCAGUUCUAAAACCUCGAUUUAUCAGAUUUCCAGGUGGCUGUUUUGUUGAAGGUGAAUGGUUAAGAAAUGCAUUUCGCUGGAAAGCAAGCAUUGGACCCUGGGAGGAGCGACCAGGGCAUUUUGGUGAUGUUUGGAUGUACUGGACGGAUGAUGGCCUUGGCUAUUUUGAGUUUCUCCAACUAGCAGAGGACCUAGGGACAUUGCCAAUAUGGGUGUUUAAUAAUGGAGUCAGUCAUAAUGAUCAAGUUGAUACUUCCAGUGUCAUUCCUUUUGUGCAAGAAGCCCUUGAUGGUAUUGAGUUUGCCAGAGGUGAUCCUAAUUCUACAUGGGGUUCUAUUCGAGCUGCAAUGGGACACCCAGAACCCUUUGACUUGAGAUAUGUUGCUAUAGGGAAUGAGGAUUGUGGGAAAAAGAAUUACCGAGGAAAUUACCUCAAGUUCUAUAGUGCCAUAAACAAGACCUAUCCAGAUAUCAAAAUGAUCUCAAAUUGUGAUGGGUCUUCUCAACCAUUGGAUCAUCCAGCCCACUUUUAUGAUUUUCAUGUUUAUACGUCUGCCAACAACUUGUUUACUAUGGCUAAUCAGUUUGAUCAUACAUCACGUGAAGGUCCAAAGGCUUUUGUAAGUGAGUAUGCUGUAACUGGGAAAGAUGCUGGCAAGGGAAGUCUUUUAGCAGCACUGGCUGAGGCUGCAUUCCUUAUUGGGAUUGAAAAGAACAGUGAUGUAGUUGAAAUGGCAAGCUAUGCUCCACUUUUUGUGAAUGCCAAUGACAGGCGGUGGAACCCAGAUGCAAUUGUCUUUGAUUCUUCACAGCAGUAUGGAACACCAAGCUACUGGGUGCAAAGUUUUUUCGCAGAGUCGAGUGGAGCAACUGUUCUUCAUACAACACUCAAUUCAAAUACAUCUCUUAUUGCAUCUGCAAUUACUUGGAAAGACUCAGAUGCUGACAAGACUUACCUAAAAAUAAAGGUCGUGAACUUUGGAAGUGACCAAGUUAAUCUCACGAUUAGCGUGGAUGGAUUGGAGCACAACUCAAUACAGUUAUCUGGGUCAACAAAGUCUGUACUCACCUCUGGUAAUCUCAUGGAUGAGAACUCCUUCAAGGAGCCAACAAAGGUCAAGCCGGCCUUCACCAUGCUCGAAAAUGCUGGCAAGGACAUGGAUGUCAUACUUCCUCCACACUCUUUCACUUCAUUUGAUUUGUUAACGGAAUCCAGCGACCUCAGGACCAUGGCUACUGAUACUUUCUCCAGAUCGUCUUACUAAAAUAUUUAACUGAUGAAUUAGAAAGUUUAAUCUUAAGAAGUAAACUAAUAACUCAACUAAAGAUGGCAUCAUCCAUGCAUGCCAACUAUUCAGUUGGAGACUAUCUUGCUGUAAAAAAAUAAUAUCUUAAAAAAAUAAUAUCGUACUUCUUGCUA